AUGCAAUGGGUUGAAUACAAACGGCGUUGGAAAGUGGUAGACCUGAAAACCUUUGGACGGUUCAUGGAAGAUCUAGUGGAUAAGGCGUUAGAAGUGACAUUUGAAAGGAUAGAAAUAGUUCCAUCGAAAAGACGGGAUAAACUUAAGGCUAAGGUGUUCACUCACCUGUUAGAGGAGGAUCGUGAAGCAGUGGGUAGUAAAUCUAGCCAAAUCAAGACCCAGCUACCAUCGGCACAACUAUUUGCAAGCAAAUCCAACAGUUGUUCUAUUUGCGAGGAACCUGGACAUUUUGGUCGAGAUUGUCAAGAAUUCAGGAAUACCAGUGUAGAACGCAGAUGGAUGAUGGUGAAUCACUUGGGGUUGUGCGCGCUAUGUAUUUUCAAUCACGGGAAGUGGCCGUGCCGCUCGAAAGUUCGUUGUGAUUUCGAAGGAUGUAACGAACUGCAUCAUCCGCUUUUACAUCUCCCAUCGAAUACAAAGGCUGUAAGAACGAAUGUACGCUGUAAUAGUCAUUGUUCUCAAAACAAAACAGUUUUGUUUCGUAUAAUUCCCGUCACGUUAUACAAUGAAGAAAAAAGGUAUGACACACUUGCGCUAGUUGAUGAAGGAUCGUCAACGUCGUUAAUCGACGGCAAAAUAGCUGAAUAUCUGAAGUUAAACGGGCCACGAGAACCGUUUGAAAUGCGCUGGACAAAUGGAGUUAGUCGAACGGAAGGUCAUUCGAGAAGUGUUGAGAUGAAAAUUACUGGUAAAGACCGAACUAGUGUUGAUCUAUGCGUGGCGAGGACAGUUCAAAGACUGGAUCUACCAGCUCAACGGUUGGAUUCAACACAACUCACUAAAGAAUUCCAACACCUAGAACAUAUAGAAAUUCCAAGCUAUAAAUUGGAUACUCCUAAACUGCUGAUUGGUAUCGACAAUAUGCAUCUCAUCGCACCAUUAACAUCACGAGUUGGGGAGAAAGGACAGCCAAUUGCUGUUGAAUGUAAACUAGGGUGGACUGUAUACGGACCGCGACCGAAUAUGAUAGCAGACGUUCAUUUCCUUGGUCACCACCGAUGUCUUUGCGAAGAAUGCAGUAAGGAAGAUUGUGAAUUGAACCAGCUGUUAAGAGAAAGUUAUCAACUUGAAGCAGUAGGAGUUUCGCCCGUACGGUUCGAAUCGAAGGAAGAUCAUCUGGCACGAGAAACUCUAACAAGCAAGACAAAACGCGUGGGCGAUCGAUUCGAGGUCGGCCUUCUUUGA